AUGAAUACACAAGGACUAAAUAAUGAAGAAAAUAGUAGUAGUGACUCGGAUACAAUUGAAAAGUUAAAUAUAGCAUCUAAGAAAAGACAAUCUUUUGGACGAGAAGUAGGCAUUAUGAAAUUGAGACUGUGUUCCCACGAGCAGUGCGAAGACUGUAGAUGCACAAGGUAUAAAUGUUUUGAAAAAUUAGAUUUUUUUGAACGUAAACAAAUUAUUAAAGAAUUUAAUGAAAUUUCUUCUAAAGACGAACAAAGUUCGUAUUUAGCAGAACCCAUACCAAUGAGUUUGGACAAAUGGGAAAACUUAAAGCAAUCUACCUCACAAAUUAACAAGAAAAGUGAAUAA